ACUUUUUAAAUUGUUACUUUAAACUCAUCAACUUACAUGAGUAUGCAGGAAGUAAAUCAAUUAGUUUUUUACAAUUUUGUUUUACAUAAAAUUUACAAUUGUUUUUAGAGUAGAGCUUUUGCGCAUGUGAUGAUUGAUUCGUGUCCAAUAUCUCUAAAAGGUACAAACAACUGUGCCAAGUUGUGAUUUGUGUACAGUUUUGUUAACACAUUUUCACUAACUUUAAAUCAGUUUUGAGUAACUAGAGUCAUUUAGUUCUCUUAUUCAUUACAAAUCGGUAAAUAUUUUGUAAUAAUUGUGUAUUUGAGUUGAAUCCCGUUAAUCGACACUGCCACUUUGGCAACGUGGUCUAAUCAGAAUCGUUGAUGGGCAAUAAAUUCUACGUAAAAGCCCCAUUUUUCUCAAAAAAAGUUGCUCCAGCCUUUUGUGAAGUAAAAUGAGUAUAGUGGGGUGUCAACAUUUGCAAUCUUACAAGAAAACAAAUAAAAACAAGAACACUUUCAAGUGGAUUCAUGCGGUGUUUGUGGUGAAUUCGACUUCAAAAAGCUUGAAAACGAAGUUGUGCAACAGCCGAUGUCGCGUGUGUAAAAAAAGGGGCCCUUUCCUCCACGCCUGUCUCGAAUGUGUGUUUUUCGGGUGUCACAAACACAUCCGCGAACAUGCAAAAAACCAGAAACAUUCCAUGUCGGUGGACUUGACCUACGGCCAGAUGCAUUGCAAUCAAUGCCACGACUACAUCUACGACUCGGAAAUCGACGCAAUUGCGAUGGACAACAAAAUGAAGUCAAAAACUUGCAAAAAGCGACUGUUUGAGAUUGACUCAUGGAACCCCACGUCAGACGAACGAGAUUAUUUGAAGAGCAAAACGAAGAAGAUUUGCAUCACUCCUGAUUCGACUAUCGGGCUCCGGGGGCUGCUUAAUUUAGGCCAGACGUGUUUCAUGAAUUGUAUUGUGCAAGCCCUGAUGCAUACCCCCUUGUUGCGGGAUUAUUUUCUGACUGAGAGACACAAGUGCAAGGGGGUGCCCGGCCGGUGUCUCGUCUGCGAAGUGUCGAAGCUUUUCCAGGAGUUUUAUAAUGGUACUCGGGUCCCUCUAGCCCUACACGAGCUGUUGCAUUUAAUCUGGACCCAUGCACGGCAUUUAGCAGGGUAUGAGCAACAAGACGCUCAUGAAUUUUUUAUCGCAACCCUUGACGUCCUCCACCAGCAUUGCCUCGAGACAAUGCCGAACUUGAAAUCAGUAAAUGUGGGGAAAAACUCCCGAUGUCCGUGUAUUAUCGAUCAGAUUUUUACCGGGGGGUUACAAAGUGAUGUGGUUUGUCAGAAAUGCAAUGGGGUUUCUACUACAAUUGAUCCAAUUUCGGACUUUUCGUUAGAUUUGGGGCCGGUUACUGUUGGCGGAAGGCCGCCCACCUCUCUUGUUGAUUGUUUAGAGAGGUUCACAAGGGCCGAACAUUUAGGCGAAAAUUCGAAAAUCAUGUGUUCGAAUUGCCAGUCAAAGCAGGAAUCUACGAAACAAUUGACUAUGAAUACACUCCCCAUUGUUAUCAGUUUUCAUUUAAAACGGUUUCAGCACAUGAAUGAGGUAACCAUUCGCGCGAAAUCAAAACAAAAGUCACACAUUUCGUCGCAGAUGGAGAAGAAAAUUUCAACUACGAUUUCGUUUCCUGAAAUGUUAGAUAUGACCCCGUUUAUGAGCAGGGCCAAAACAGACUCACCUUUUCCAUCAGAUAACAGAUACUCGCUCUUUGCCGUUAUUAAUCACAUAGGUAAUUCCAUAAACGUAGGCCACUACACCGCUUAUGUAAGACAAUUACGAGAUUAUUGGUACAAAUGUGACGACCAUGUCAUAACAAGAGCAACACUCAAAGAAGUUUUAGAUUCAGAAGGAUAUUUACUGUUUUACCACAAACAUGUCCUAGAGUACGACUAAACCAUAUUGGGAUUUCAUUUUAUUGUGACAUCAAUCCGAUUUAUCAAGUCUUAAAUGUAAUAAAAUUUACCUUAAUUAAC